AUUUUUUUUUUUUUAGAAGUAAAGUUAAAGAGUCACCUUCUUCCACCGACGAAUUUCACAUGAUGCUUCAUUGUUAAUUCUUCAGUUGAAGCUUAACCACCAAACUUUGCUCUUUCUCUCUCCUCCUAUCUAAUCACUCUUCAGCAGAUCUCUCGUCACUCUUCUUCUCUUAUACCACUCACUCAACUUUGAGUAUAACUUCCCACCUUUAAAAAAUUCAUUCUUAAACAAUACCCACUUUUUUAAUCACCCAUUAAAUUUUAAUUUGCACUAUACUCAAUCAAAAUUUCUUGUACCCAGAAACAAUUUUCGACUCCUAGAACUAAUUCUGCAACUGGGUAUGUAUUAUUUUUGCGAAUUAUUCUGAUUUUCGUUGAGAAAUUGCGGUAAAAACAAUGGUGAAAGAAGUGGAAAGAGGGGGUAAUUUUUCAGAGGAUGAAGAAGAAGAUCGCCAGAACUUGAUCCCUCAAAACGACGCCGUAAAACCCACCACCAAUUCUCACUCUUUUUCACCUUUUCAAAUUGAUGAUAAUGGUGUGUUGUCGUCGUUACGACGGCGUUUUAAGAUGAACAAAAUGAGGUAUCUUUUAGUGAUCUUAAUUCCUUUGUUAAUUGUACUUUAUUUUUCUUUAGGUUUUCAUAAUUCAAGUGUUUGGGAUGUUAGAUUGAUUAAUUCUCCUUCUGAUCGUAUGAGGGAAUCAGAAUUAAGGGCUUUGUAUCUUUUGAAAGAGCAACAAUUAGCUUUAAUUUCUUUGUUGAAUCGUACAUUGGGAAGUUCUUUUAACUCUACAUUAAGUAAUAAUGGUAGUGAUAAUAAUAAUACUUCUGGGUAUUUGAAUUUGAGUGAAAUGCCUGUUGAAAAGUCUGUUUUUGAGGACUUGAAAUCGAGAAUUUUUGAUGGGUUGAUGUUGAAUAAGGAAAUUCAGAAGGUUUUGUUGUCAACUCAUAAUAAUGGGAAUGUUUCGGAAUUGGGUGUUGGAAAUGAUGAUUUGGUAGAGGGAGGGAUUAGUAUUUGUGGGAAGGUGGAUCAGAAGUUGUCUGAGAGGAAAACUAUUGAGUGGAAUCCGAGGUCGGAUAAGUACUUGAUUGCAAUUUGUUUAUCGGGGCAAAUGUCGAACCACUUGAUUUGCUUGGAGAAGCAUAUGUUUUUUGCUGCACUUUUGGGCCGGGUUUUGGUUAUUCCUAGCCAUAAGGUGGAUUAUGAGUUUAAUCGGGUUUUGGAUAUUGAGCAUAUGAACAAGUGUCUUGGGAGGAAGGCUGUUGUCACAUUUGAAGAAUUUUCGGAGGAGAAGAAGAAGGACUUGCGUAUUGAUAAGUUCAUUUGUUACUUCUCGCAGCCUCAGAAGUGUUAUGUGGAUGAAGAACAUGUUAAGAAGUUGAAAUCCCUUGGUUUAUCUGUGCCUAAGCUUGAAUCACCUUGGGAGGAAGAUGUAAAGAAACCCAAGAAAAGGACAGUUGAGGAUGUUAAAGACAAGUUUUCUUCUGAUGAAGGGGUUAUUGCAAUUGGAGAUGUGUUCUUUGCUGAUGUGGAUAAGGAUUGGGUGAUGCAGCCAGGGGGUCCGAUUGCUCAUAAGUGUAAAACUUUGAUUGAACCCAGUCGACUUAUAAUGCUCACUGCCCAACGGUUUGUUCAAACCUUUUUAGGGAAGGACUUUGUGGCCCUUCAUUUCCGGAGGCAUGGCUGGUUGAAGUUUUGCAAUGCUAAAAAUCCAAGUUGCUAUUUUUCUAUUCCUCAAGCUGCAAGCUGCAUUGCACGGGUGGUAGCAAGGGCCAAUACACCGGUCGUAUACCUGUCCACAGAUGCAGCAGAUAGCGAAACAGGAUUGCUUCAGUCACUCAUUGUUAUUGAUGGGAAGCCUGUACCACUAGUUCAGCGGCCAGUACAUAAUUCAGCUGAAAAAUGGGAUGCUUUGCUGUACAGACAUGGCCUCGCAGGAGAUUCACAGGUUGAGGCCAUGCUGGAUAAAACAAUAUGUGCAAUGUCUAGUGCGUUCAUCGGAUCCUCGGGAUCUACUUUCACUGAAGAUAUCCUGCGGCUAAGAAAGGGUUGGGGGACACUAUCAGUUUGUGACGAAUACAUCUGCCAGGGUGAAGUUCCGAACUUCAUAGCAGAGGAUGAAUGAAUUCAGAAGCAGUUUUCUUUGUAGUUCUAUUAGUAGUAGGAUUAUGAUGUUGGUUUUUACACGCGAUUGACAUGUAAAAGUGGUGUAUGAUAAAAAGUAAUUAGUCCUUGUCUCCUCAUUCAUUGAUUCUAUUUGUCCACAUUCUUUGUGAAACUAGUGAAGACUGAACCGAAGAGAACUUGUAUCUUGAAGUGUCAACAGAAUUGGAUUUAUCCUA